GCCCGCUCCAUCCUGUCCCGUGCCACGCGGGUUCGGUUCCGCCGCGUGGAGGAUCUGGCGGCGAUCUGGUGCGAGUUCGGGGAGCUGGAGCUGCGCCACCAGCGGCACCAGGAGGCGCUGAGCGUGCUGCGGAGAGCCACGGCGCUGCCGGCGCGCCGGGCCGAGUUCUUCGACAGCUCGGAGCCGGUGCAGAACCGGCUCUACAAAUCCCUGCGCGUCUGGGCCAUGCUGGCCGACCUGGAGGAGAGCCUGGGCACCUUCCAGGUGGGCACCGGGCACACCUGGGCACACCUGG